UUUUAAUUUCAAGUGAAUUUUGCACGAAAAAUCAAGAAGUGAACUGAAAGUUAUGAACUUUAAGAGUUUAAUUAUAGUUGAAGAUAUUUUUUUAAAAUCAUUUUUAUAUACACAAUAUAUAUAUAUAUUGAAAUGUUGAAAGGUAUAGAAAUAUAGAUCAGUGCCCUAAUUUUUUUGGCACGAAUUAUCCGGUACCUUCUGCCCCCUAUCAGGCUCGUGCAAUACUAGCGUUAGAAGAUGUAAUUCAUACUCCAGUUAAAUUCGCAAAUUGCCGGAACAGUGAGCUGAACGGUAUUUCUUACGCUUCGAUUAUUUACUUUGAAUACACAUGGUAAAUGAAAAUUCACAGUUAAAAAAAAUGUGUUCCAUUACAGAAAAGGGAUCCGCAACUUCAAUUGUAGUGAAGAAACCAGCUCGAAAAUUUACUGCUUUUGCUAAAAUUGCUGCCGCUGCAAAUUCAGCACGUAAACAACAUCGACCAUUACCCGAGAGAAUUCUCUAUCCAAGAAGCUCGAGGACUUUGGCAAAGACACCCGUUCUUGGUGGAACUCCUAUUAAUCAAGAAACAUGCAUGGAAUUAAGAAUGGUGGUAUUUGGAAGUAGUGCAAGUCCACCAAAAGUCGAAUGGGCCAGAACUGGAUUGACUCUUCGUCCUGCAAAUCAAUCGUUGAGUUUUGGAUUAAGAUCACCGAGAAAUUCUACUCGUGGUCUUAUCACUACAGUUCAAGCAAUAAUGCUUAAACACUUUUUAUUUAAGACCAAUAAUCAGGACAAAAUUACACCUGAUACUUUACUGAAGCCGAAUUACGACCAACAAAUGGAUGUUUUAGCUUGCGCAAUAGCGGAAAUAAUUUGGCGAUGUGCUGGUGGUUUUGCAACGCAAAGUGCAAGUUCCGUGAAUUUGAAUACGGUAUCGAAUGUCAGCAUCCCAAAAGCAAUUGUCACUUUACCGCAAGAAAUAUCAUAUCUUCAACACAGUGUUCAAUAUUUUCAAGAUGGCUUAACUGAAACUUUACAUUUGUUCGAGUUUACCUCAUUGGAAGACUUGGAAAUUUUCAUCAAACGUUAUUUGUAUCUUUUUCAAGAUGAAGGUUCACCUGGUGCAAAAUUGCUUCUUUAUAGCGCAGUUCUGUCAAGAGGAUUUUCAAAAAUUCGCAGUGAUUUAGAAGACUCGAAAGGUUCACUAUUAAGCGGAUCUCCAGAAGAAGGACCAAUGUCCCUUGUUCUUCUUGCGCUAACAGGAAGAGCUUCUCCUCAUCUUCACAAUGGCGUUGUUCACGUUGGUGACGAAAAUACUUACGCGGUUCCGCAAUGGGGAGUUCUGGUUAGAAGCGAGAUAGGAUUUUUAAUUCACGAGGGAGAUGGACAACUUAAUAGGCAACCAGGAUCACGAUUAAAAACACCAAGUUUACCUAUCUGGGUGACCCUUUGUCUUGGACAUCAUGGCGUUAUAUUUAACACUAAUCGUGAACUUCUCAGGAACUAUCACGCUGAACGACGAUUCGAUGUUCAAUACUACACUUGCGGUGGGAGUCACGCCACAUUAACCAUAGACACCAAAGCGAGAGAAAACGCUUCAGGUUUAGAAGGAAGGGAAACGAAAGAAUCCCUCGAUAUGGCAGCAACACCUUUAGAAAAACUCAUUCAUUCCAAAUGGCAGGACGCGGAGGUCCACUGGAAUGGAACUCCCAUGCUGUGAGGAAAUUCAGCUUUAUUAAAAAUCAUUCAUGGAUAAAGUUCUAAAAAUUCCUGAAUUUUUAUUAAAAUUCAAAUUACUAGACGCUGAUAUAUUUCUAUAUUCAUAGAAUUCUAUUAGAAUUGCAUUGAUUUCAAUUUAUUGAAUCGAAUAUUCAAAAUUGCUAUUUUUAGACAAAUGAAAAUAUUUGAAUUCAUUACUUUUUUUUUUAAUUUCGAUCUUUCCCUUGGAAUAACGAAAUUAAUGAAAGAAAAAUCUGAUAUUUGUUAAUGGGAAAUUUUGUAAUUUAUUUUUUUUGAAAAUUUUUAUUUAAUAAUUAAUUUAUUGUUACGAUGAGUUCAUUGGUCUAAAAACACCUAUCGUGCAGAGCGUAUAAGACGUUUCAUCGAUUCCAAAUCAAACAAUGCUUAUACAAAGGCUUGUAAAGUUAAUAUCACGCUAUGCAUUUUUGUUUUCAUGAAAAUAAGAUAACUUUAUGUCAAUUUUAAUGACUUGUUUAGUUGUGCCACAUAUAAAACAUAUAUAUUAAAAAAAAAAAAAAACGGUAGAAAAAAGAAAUUGUGCUAAUUUAAUUUUUUCGAAUGAAAAAUAAAAAGUAUUUUUUAGGAAAUAAAA